UACUGUUUGAUAAAUAACUCAAAAAUAAUAGAUCGUAGAUAUUAGUAUUGAUUAUUACAAAAGUCUUAAAUGAAAAUUAUCUCUCGGAACAAUAAUUAUGUUUCUAUUUGCAUCCUAAGGUGAAGUAUAAUGUCAUCGUUCAAUUAUUUCAGGACCCACUUGAUAUUUACGAAAAUUUGCCGAUCGUCUUUUUGUGGCAGUGGUUCCGAUUUGACUGCCAUUUAUUCAGUUUUCUGUAGAGUGAGAAUCAAUGGAUCAGAGGAUCUGCAGUGCCAUAAGGGAUCUAUCAUCAAAAAACGUAGACGUUAUGAGUGAAGUGAUCGAAUCGGCAAAACCACCAGCAAUAGAAGAGGAUGCAAAAAUAACAACCGUGCCGAUGCAAAAAAAUAAAGUGAUACGUAAAAAAGUAAAACAUUCGAUACGUCGAGUGGUACAAAAGAAACGACAAAGGCUGAAGCAUAUUGAUAGAGUAAAUGCACAGUCCACAUCUUGUGUACCUACACAACCAGUAUAUCAUGCACUUGCACAAUCUAUACAAGAUGUAUCCGGGCAACCCGUGCAACAUGCAUGCACACAGCUAGUGUACCAAACACCUGCACAAUCCAUACAAGAUGUAUCUGAGCAACUCUUGCAACAUGCACCCACACAGUCAGUAUACUGUGAACCUGCACAAUCCGUACAACAUGCACCAGCACAACCAUUGUACUAUGAAUCUGCACAAUCUGUACAACAUGCAUCUGCGCAACCCAUGCAACAUGCAUUUGCGCAACCCAUGCAACAUGCAUUUGCGCAACCCAUACAACAUGCAUCUGCUCAACCCAUACAACAUACACCAGCACAAUCAGUGUACCACGUACCUGUACAGCCAGUGUAUCAUGCACCUGUACAAUCUACAACAUCCGCUCAAUCUGUACAACGAACACCCACACAGCCCAUGUACUGUGUACCUCUGUAUUAUGCACCUGCAGGUCCACCAGGAAAUAUGCCUGCAUCUCUACUAGGAUACCUGAUGUGGCAGUGAUACUGGGUAAAUCACUACAUGAGAAGACUACAUUAAGAGAUAUUUUAUUAAAAAUAAGAACAUAUAAAAACUAAAAACAUGUAAAAACUAAAAAUAGUAUUAAUAAAAAUAUAUAAAAAU